AUGGUUAAAAUAGCAUUACAAAUAAAAGCAAAUCUUGACAAUGUUACAGAUUUUCAUAUAGAAUCUUUCGAUGAUUUUAUCUGGUAUUUAAAAUUAGAUUGUACAAAAUGUCAUACACAUUCUGAUACAUUUCAUGAUAUUAAUAUAAAACAAUCAUCAAGUAUAUCUGGAAGUCGUGGUGAAGCUAAUUUUUUAAUGAAAUGUAAAUUUUGUUCUCAAGAAGCCAAUCUAAAUAUUGAACCAGUUAAACCAUCAAUGAAUUAUACAAGUGAUGAUUCGGAUAAUCAUACUUUUAAGACACUUGUUAUAUUUGAUUGUCGUGGUAUUGAACCAGUUGAUUGGCAACCAGGUGAUGGAUGGAUAUGUCAAGGUGUUGAAUCUGGUACAAAAUUUAGUCAAAUUGAUUUGUCCGAAAAUAAGGAAUGGAUGGAUUAUGAUGAAAAAACUAAACAAGCUGUAGCAAUUAAUGAACUUGAAUUUAAAUUUGUUAAAGUUAAAUAA